AAAUCAGUGUGUGAGGCCAAUGAUUAUUCAUCGGCAUUGGUUCACCGGCCUAUUACUUGUACCAAUUUAGGGUAAACACCAUAUCUCUCGGAUUUCGGCAAUCGGAGACAAACGCUUCUGGCUGGCUGGACCUGAUAAGAACCACCGAUUUUGAACCGUAUGCCUGGGUGUUCGACCCAUGAUUGGCAUUGCCAGGUCGUGAACUGAACAGUUGUUUACCGGCCGGCUACGGGAACGCUUCAGGUAUCCCCGGGAUUGUUUGGGGUAUUCGACGAUUUUCGUUGAACACAAGGUUUCGUUGUGCGUUGUGCGAAAAUACUAUCUCGUGCGUGGGUAAAUUUUUGCAUGUGAGCUGCACGUGAAGCUAAACGGUGAUUUGUGACUGGAAUCCAAAAUGCGUCAGAUUGAGUGGGCCCCGCUGAAUGUGCCCUUAAGGCGCCGGCUAGAAACCCUCAGUGCCUUCCUGUGGAUGUGUUUGUUCUUGUUCGGCGAACUAUGGAUGUUGUUGUACUAUGUGUAUCUAUUGAUCUUUGGAGGAAUUUAUGCUAAGACGUUUUGCAUCCUGUAUGGCGCUUUUAUCUACUAUGAUCGUGAAGCUGGCCAGAAUGGUGGACGAGGUCAAGGCGUGAAAUGGAUGCGCAACUUGUAUAUCUGGAAGCUGUUCCACUCGUACUUCCCCGCGAAGCUACACAAAACGGUUGACCUUCCAGCCAAUCGGAACUACAUCUUCGCAGCCUUCCCUCAUGGAGUUCUCAGCACCGGAUGCUUCCUCAGCUUCGCCACCGAUACCAACGGUUUCCACUUCCAGUAUCCGGGUAUCCGCUCCAAAGUGGUCACCCUUGAUAUGCACCUGAUUACGCCAUUCUUCCGGGAGCUAUGCUUCAGCUGGGGAGUGGCUUCCGCCUCCAAGGAAUGCAUCACCAAACUUGUACAAGCUCCAAAUGAUCCAGAUGACCCGGUAAAUACGGACGGAUUCACCUCGAAUGCCGUAGUCAUCAUCGUAGGUGGUGCGGCCGAAUCGCUGAACUGCCGACCGAACAAUUACCAGCUGAUAUUGAAGAAGCGGAAAGGAUUCUGCAAGAUCGCACUCAAAACGGGAACUCCGAUCGUUCCGGUGAUCAAUUUUGGGGAACUGGACCUGUUUGAUCAACCUUCCAAUCCACCGGGCUCCCGAUUGCGUCGCUUCCAGGAAUGGUUCAAAUGCAAGACCGGACUUGCGCCACCCGCCAUUAUUGGACGCGGGUUUUUCCAAUACUCUUAUGGAUUGAUUCCGAGAAGGAAACCGAUUAAUACAGUCAUUGGAGCUCCGGUUGAGGUCUCAAAAGUGGACGAUCCAUCCAUGGAAGAGGUAGAGCUGCUGCACGAACGCUUCUGUAAAGCUUUGGAGACUCUUUUCGAAACACAUAAACACAAGUAUGUGGAGAAUUCUGAAAAGGUUAAACUCUUGCUCGAAUAAGUGCGCCACCCAUGGAAGCCUGAUAACUUAGCAAUUGUUAUUGAAGUUACAACCAAAGAUUGUAAGUAGAUAAAUUAGACAAAUUCUUGUGCACGUGAAUACUUGCCUUCAUUGAUUAUGUUUAUUAAACAUCAUUAACAGAGUAUUUAUCAGUUGUUAGCGGGAAUGAAACAAUGAAAUAAUAACCAAUUAUUAAAA